AUGGCUCCCGACCUCAACUCUCUUCCCUCCUCGCCAUUGGCGCAGCCCAAUGGCAAGUCAUUCAACGGCGCUGGCGCGCCCCCUGCCAAGCAACCCAAUAUCCUGUUCAUCAUGGCCGACCAACUGGCUGCACCUCAGCUCAAGAUGUAUAACCCAGAAUCUCAAAUCAAGACACCCAACCUUGAUGCUCUCGCCGCCGAAUCCGUCCAAUUUGACUCAGCGUACUGCCCCUCGCCGCUAUGUGCGCCUUCGCGCAUGAGUCUGAUUACGGGUCUUUUGCCCAUGAAGAUUGGCGCCUACGACAACGCCGCACAGAUCUCAAGUGAGAUUCCCACCUACGCGCAUUACCUGCGCUUGAAGGGUUAUCAGACGGCCUUGGCUGGUAAGAUGCACUUCAUCGGAGAUCAGCUGCAUGGCUACGAAACCCGUCUCACCAGCGACAUCUACCCUGGUGAUUUUGGCUGGGUCGUCAAUUGGGAUGAGCCUGACACCCGACUCGAGUGGUACCACAACUCCAGCUCCAUCCUUCAGGCCGGCACCUGCGUGCGAAGCAACCAGCUGGACUACGACGAAGAGGUCAUGUACCGAUCUACCCAAUUCCUCUAUGACCAUGUCCGUGAGGGCCCUGAGAAACGUCCUUUCGCUCUGACGGUCUCUCUCACCCAUCCACAUGACCCCUACACCAUUGAAGACAAGUACUGGGAUCUCUACGAGGAUGUCGACAUUGCGCUUCCCAAGGUCCGCAUCCCCAAAGAGGAGCAGGAUCCUCAUAGUAAGCGUCUCAUGAAGGUCUGUGACCUUUGGGAUUACGACUUCACCGAUGACCAAAUCAAGCGGGCGCGGCGUGCCUACUAUGGCGCUGUCAGCUACGUCGAUGACUGCGUCGGGCGGCUUAUAUCCGUACUGAAGAAGUGCGGCCUGGAAGACGACACCAUCAUCGUUUUCAGCGGCGACCACGGCGACAUGCUUGGCGAACGUGGCCUGUGGUACAAGAUGAGCUACUUUGAGUCCUCCGUCAGAGUGCCUCUGUUCGUGCGCUACCCUCAGCAAUUCGAGCCCCAUCGCGUCACGAAGAACGUCUCGACCCUCGAUAUUCUCCCGACUUUGUGUGAUUUAGUGGGCACAAAGCCCGCUCCUGGCUUGCCGAUGGAUGGUGUUUCCCUGCUACCUCAUCUUGAGGGCAAGGAGGGCCACGACAAGGUGUACGCCGAGUACACGGGUGAGGGCACCGUCAGCCCUUUGAUGAUGAUCAGGGAGGGUCCAUGGAAGUACAUUCACUGCCCCGCUGAUGGAACGCAACUUUUCAACCUUGAGCACGACCCCCUGGAGCUUGUCAACCUGGCAUCCGACAAGGCCAUUGCUGCAAAGACCCUUGAGGCGGAAGCCAAGGCUAAGCUGGAAGAGUACACGGCCGAGACGAAGCGCAAGUGGGAUUUCGAUGCCAUCACAGAAGAAGUUCUCCAGUCUCAGCGCAAGCGUCGCCUCGUGUGGGCAGCUCUGACCAAGGGUGCUUUCACUAGCUGGGACUACAACCCGGAGGACGAUGGCAGAAUGAAAUAUAUCCGCUCGCAAAUUCCACUUGAUGAUCUCGAGCGCCGUGCUCGUUACCCACCCGUUGACAAAUAUGGCCGGGAGAUUGACCGGGCCGUUGCCGGCCGCCGAAUUUUGGUAGACCAAGCUGGAUCUCAUGGACAGUAA